UGUUUUGUAAUAAAAAUACUCGUCAAGAAAAUGGCGUAAGGCAAGACAUGCAGUAUCCUCAUCUUAAAAAGGCUGCUGCUUCUCAAAUUUUGGGAAGAGGAGGUUUUGGAAUUGUAUACGAAGGAGAGCAUAAUAAUGCAAAGGUAGCUAUUAAACGGAUAGAACUUUUGAGGACCGAAGACCAUGUUAGAAAUCCUACAGAAGAGGAAAGAAUGAUGCGCUGUGAUCAUUCCAACGUUCUGAAGGUUUUUGCUGUUGAUCAAGAUGACGAUUUCAAGUACAUAGUACUGGAGCUCUGUCAGUCCACUCUUCAUGACUACAUCAUUAGGAAAUAUACCGGAUCGACGAUGCCUACAGAACUAGACGCUUUGCAUCAAAUGGCUUGUGGUUUGCAACACAUCCAUACAGUAGCAGGACUCGUUCAUCGAGAUAUAUCGGCUCAAAAUGUCUUGAUUCAAAGUCGUGAAGGUUUCCAGACUGUGUUGAAAAUAUCUGAUUUUGGAUUCUGUAAACCGGCAACAGAACGAGGUAGUUUUUCCAUAAGUAAAAGUGGAACAGGAACUACUCACUUUAUUGCUCCGGAGCUGCUCAUUGAUAAUCAACUAAGAGGUCAAAGAGGAACCAUCGCCUGUGAUGUAUUUUCACUUGGCUGUGUUUUCUAUCGUUUUCUGACAAUGGGACGACAUCCGUUUUCAACAGGAGACGAGCUCACAAUCACUUUAAAUAUCCGUGAGGGAAAUCAUAAUCUAAACGGAUUAAUCGAAGAUCAUUUUGCAAGAGAAAUCAUCAAAGAAAUGAUCCAACUAGAACCCAGCAAACGACCAAAUAUUACUGGUGUGGUUGAUCGCCUGUCUGCUUAAUAAAAAUAGAUCGAAUAAACUUGAUGUUCACAAUUUUUACCAAAAA